ACUUUUACCAUAUACACACAUAUUUGGAAUACCGUACGUAAUUCAUUAACAAUCAAUUACAACCGCAUAAGAAUAGUUAUUAUCACCACUUAAAGCGGAAAAACAGCGAUUAAAAUCAAAUCAAUUAUCACAACACCAAAAUAAAUACUCAAACAUAAUUAAACUUUCAAAUACCCAAACAACUUCAAUCCGGUAAAAAUAAAAGGUGAAAGGGCAAUAAUAAACUGAUAACAGUUUUUGAAAAGUGUAAAACAACAAAAAGUGUAAAAAUCGUAUAAAUACUCCAAAAUAAACCUCAAAAGACAUCAUUCACUGCUUGUUUGUUCAACAAUCAACAACAAAACAACAAAAUGUACAAGUUGGUAUUCCUUGCACUCAUCGGCGUCGCCCUUUGCGCCCCACAAACCCGCCGGUCUGAAGAACUCGACGAAAGAAUCCACGACAAAGAAAUCAUCCAAAACGAAAGCGCACAAUAUCAAUUUGCUUCCAACGUCGAGGACCACAUCAACGACCAAAGCCAACAGCGCGUGGAAGUCCGCGAUGGUCUGAACGUAAAGGGAAUGUACAGCUACAGCGAUGGAUACUUCAAGCGCACCGUUCAAUACGAAGCCGACGACAAAGGUUACCGCGUUAUCGGUGAAGAAGUAGUCCCACUGGAAGGCCCAAAAGUCAACCUCAACGGCAUGGCUUCCGUCGCCCAGCAAGCCCAUGGCACCGAAUUGAAAUACACCGUGCAAUCCGUUCAAUCAGACAAACCAACUGCUCGUCUUGUCGACACCGAGACCCUUUUGGCUGCUGCUUCCCGCCGUCAGUAAACUGACUUAACUUAAGUCACCUCAACUUAAGUCGUCAUAACUUAAGUCAUUUGAACUUAAGUCAUCUCAACUUAAGUCAUCUCAACUUAAGUCAUGUUGAUUAAUUGUUACUUGUUAUUUAUUAUAUAAUAAACAAUCGAUAUGAAAUAAUCCGCAUAGAAA